UGAGAGUUCGUUGUAUUUUAUCGUAGCUGAAGCGUUUCAGUUGAGAACAAGUUUUACUUGCGAAACGUUCCGAAAUUGUUGAAAGCGGUGGCAAACGAAAUCGAAACAUCGUGUAUUAAGUCAGAGCGAUGAUAGCAGAAAAACAAAUAAUUGGAUUUAUUGCUGUAUAAAAUUGUUUGUCAUACAAAAAAAGACUGAUAUUUGGUGGUAUAGUUUGGAGCGUAACCGCGGCUCAAUUGGCGCUCAUUGGACGGACAAAAUGUCGAAGCAAAAAAAUGUAAAGAAUUUAAUUAUGAACGUAUUGCCUGACAAUCGACCAAUCACAUCGCUUCAAAUUGUCGAAGAUUAUGAAAAGUGCCCAAAAAAUUUUGUGCCAGUGCAUCGUACUCAUGAUCAAGACUCAGAUGCUGAUUUAUGGCGUGAAACGAAUAUUUUUGGUAAACGUUCCACACGAUACUUGUGCCUGUCAAAGAGCGAAGGUCUUCCCGAGUAUAUUGUCGAGAAAUUGCGAGUUUGCGGCGAACGUGAGUGUCCAGGAGAGGGUUUUUCAAUACUAAAUCGUACAGCAGACACAGAACACAAAGCAUGGCGAAAAAAGCAGAUAUGCUAUCGUUUGGCGAAACGUGGCUCAGUUAGCACAGCCGUUACCGAUGUGAUAUUGUGUUCAAAGACAAAAAUAGCCCCUGAAGGAUUUACACUGGCUGGCGACAUAAAUGGAAUAACAGUGUGUUUCAAAAGUGGACCGAUCCCGCAUCGACCGCCGCCAUCGAUUCCAACCGAUCCAUCAAUAAAUGAACUUGAAAAUAAUCUCUACUAUAUGAACAUACGAAACGGAUCGAAUGGCACCAACUUCAAUGGCAAUGGAAAAACAAACAAUGGCAAUAGUGACGAUUAUGAACUGAUUCGAACAUCUUAUCGAUUGGAUCCGCCACCACGACCAGGACCAAAAUUCCCAGCAGUUAGUCAAGCAGCAUCUUCCACCAACAAAAACACCGGCACCUUGGGAACGCAUACUGAUAUGGAUGGUGUACCAUUUGUUUUGCAUUCAUCUUUAUCUGGCAAUCCAAUUGGUGAUUUUGAUCUAUCGAAAUUUGAUUUUACCAAAAGAAUUGACGCGGCAUUGGACUAUACAUUUCAUUUGGAGCGAGAAAUUUUAUGCACUACCAAAACACCAAAUUCGAAAAAUCCAUUUUUUGCGGCAAAUUAAGCUGGAUGUUUGCUAAAUCGAAUUUACUUGACAUAAAAAUUGGCCAUUGAUAAUUGUCAUGCGAAUUUACUAUAUUAUUGCAAUGUGAAGGAAUGUGUCUGAAUAAUUGUGUUCAACGAAUUUUUAAAUGACAAUUUCGCUACAACGAUGCUACGUGAAAUAGAAUCGAAUAAAAUAAACAAUCGUAAACAAUAUAAUCGAAUUUGAUAUAAAACGUUAGAAGUGUCAUUGAGUUUAUAAUCACAUAAAAUGGACGAUAUCUGAUGUGAAGCUCUAAAAGUGUUGAAAUUAUCUCUUGGUGUUCAUUGUUAUUGAAUGGGAAUUGUUAGAAUGUUCUAUUGGCUGCUCGUUGCAAUUAAAUAUAGUAUUAUAAAUGAAAUUAA